AUGCCUAGUAACGCAAACACCUCAAGCCAGCCGCAGCAGCCUCAACCCGACUACAUCUUCCGUCCCGAAGAUCCCGAGCACGCUGACCAGGCUCGCGCAGACAGCGAGGUGCCAUCCAACCCCACCAUCGCCGCUUCAGGGCUCUCCCGUCGCUACCACCAGCUCUCCUCCACCAUGGAUGCCAACGAGACAAAGUCGCUCACCCGGAUGCAGAUCCUCACGCCCCUCUCGGUGCUCCUCCAGAUGGGCGUCAUGAUCCUCUGCGGCUCCAAGCUCAUCAAGCCCAACUUGCAGCAGGUCUCGCGCCGUCAUCCCACCUAUCUCUCGGUGCAGGACUCGUUUGUGCUCUUCUACUGGGCCAUCCUCUACGUCCUCCUCAUCGGAUUCUCCGUCUUCCUCCUGCUCAGCCGAACGCCAGAGACCAAGAAGGCGCUCGUCCACGGCGUCGGAACGCGCCUCGCGCUCUCCAACUACCUCAUGGUGCUCUGGGCUGUCUUUUGGAUCCUCGACCGCCCCCCCACCUUCAUCCUUGGCACGGCCACCCUCGGCGUCAUCGCACUCUUGCUUCUCUUCAACGCGCUCGUCCUCGCCGUCCGCUACCCACCCUCGGCCAAGCAUCCGCUCGACUGGCUCUUCAUCCACGUGCCCAUCAAGAUGUUCCUCGUGAUCACGCUCCAGUACGACCUGUGGCAGCAGCUCUUCAUGGCGCUCGGCUACGACUUUGGCUCCGGUGGCCACGACGCGCUCGUCCAGGGUCUCUGGCCCGCCUUUGGCAUCGUAGCUGGCCUCGGCGUCUUCUCUGCUCUCUGGAUCUUUGCCACCGCCGACCUCACCUGGACCGCCGCCGGUAUCUACCUCAACAUCGGCCUGCUGUGGCACAAGCACUUUAGCCUCAUUGGCGGCCGCGAUGAUGGAGAGCCGCGACCGGCUCCCCUCACCGCCGCCAUCAUUCUCAGCAUCUCGCUCCAGGCUGUGGCCCUUGUGGCAGGCGUUGCAUGGAGGCGCAUCAAGGCGCGACAGGAGGGCCGUAUUGCUCUGCCACUCUCGCCCGAGGAGGAAGCUGCCGUGUACCGCGCAGAGGCGGAGCGAAAUGCUCGCGCCGCCGCUGCAGCUGCCCCGUCCUCCUCGCAGCCCCAGCCGGAUGCUUCCACACGAGUACCGGGAACGUCCAAGCCUGCUGGAAGCAGAGUCAGCGACAUUGCAGAGGAAGAGGCUGCAGUCGAGUCUAGCGGAGCCGCGCCCACCAAGGUCACCAGAAAGCUCGGCGGCGCUGGCACCUCGCCGGCCAAGAAGUGA